GGCGGCUCCGCCGCGCACAGGUUCGCCCCCAUGUGGGGCGAGUUCGCGGCCCCCGUGGCCGAGGAGAAGCCUCCAGCGCCUGGCGAUGUUCACACUUUCAGCUCGCUGGAGGAACACAUGGGCAUUCCCAGACAGAGCGAUCAGAAGUACUUGCACCGACUGGCAGAGGCCACGUUUUUGCUUCAAAGGUUCCACAGGUCGCAAUUGGAAUUGAACAUCGUUAACACGUGCGGCCAACAGGGCUGUGUCAUGUACGCAGACGUGGAGAGAUACGACGAAACGCCCAUGCGAGUCACGAUCAAAGGCGACAGCGCUGCGCAGAACAAGGCCGACCACGAUUCUCUUGAGCUGGCUUCUGUCAGCGAGGGUGUGCUGGGGAUGAUCAUGGCCCUGACUGCCUGCGAGAAGAACUCCGCAAUGGUUACAAAGCUGUUGCAGACGGUCAAGAAGGCGCCGGCGAUGUGCUUGCCCAAAGGGGACUGGAGGAAAACCGAUCGGGUCGAGUAUUUCGUGCCCCGCGGUGCCUCCGUGGCGAUCGACAAGGACUUGGUGUCUUCGAUGAUCCAGCGUGGCCUGCGUUGCGUGCUGCUCAGCCGUCGCCCGCGCAUUUGGCCGCGACACCGCUGGGCUGGCGCAGAACUGGCGCUGGAUUUCUGGGGCAAGCUCGAGGCCAUCCACGGACUGGAAGGCGCGGUUGCCCUGCCCAUCGCCGACGGCGGCGGGGGCCUCGCCGUCGCGGUGGCGAACGCCCCUGCGAGCAGCAAGGCAGACGCCAAUUCUAAAGCACGGCGGGCGACCGUGCAGUGGUUGAAGUCGCAGCCCCUCUCAGAAAUGAUGCUUUUGAGGCCCGUGUUGCAGCCCUUGGUUGUGUUGAUGACUUCCCAGUUGGAGCUUUCAAGCGUGGAGUGGGGAUCCGAGCAGAGAUCCAAAGUUGCCCGCGCGAUUGCAGAGUUCGGCGAGGCCCCGCACUGCACCCGUGACUACCGUGCAUUGUUGGCGGCCGAGGGCGUGUUCGAGCAGAAGUCUCUCACAGUCGGUUUCAAUGCCCUCGUUUUCAGGUUGAUUUCUCGGCCGGGCGCGUUGGUUUACCAGCUUCAGGUGCAGCCCCACAAUAUGUUCCACUUGCAGGCUACUGAGACGACGGAGCCGGGCGGCGAGAGUGCCAGGCAGAACUCUGGCGGGGCUUGGAGGGCCUUCGUGCACAAGCACGCCAGCGGACAGGCAGGCAAAGCUGAUUUUGCAGCGCUAGCCCAGGCCUACCAGGCAGCGAAGGCAGCUGGAGGCCAGGGGUGGGAGGAGUUAGUUGAGAGAGGACGUGAAGCUACUCGUGCAUCGAAGGCGGCUGUUUACGCCCCAGGCCACUCGGCUUUCGGGAUCUCGCCCAAGCAGGCCCAGAGACACAGAGACAAAGCUUUGACUCAAGCUCGCGCGUUCAGCCCCCGGUCGAACCCAGAGCGUGCCAGCGACGCGCUGAUGGAUAGAAGCGGGGCCGUCCUUUCACUGCCAGAGGCGCUCCGCGUCGCCAGGGAGGUCAGCAACGUGAAACGCUCUGCGUAUCGGCAUCGGCAGGUUGACAUCGAUUCUGAUUUGGAUAAGUUCGACGCUGGUGUUGGUGCCACUAGCGUUAAGGACCUCCCUGCCCAGUUCCUUUUUCUUUCGGAGCACAAGGCUACCCCGAUGCCGUCUGAGAAGAGCAGCGCUUUUAUCCUGGAGCCACCGUCCCUCGAGUGGGCCAAAGCAGCGGUGUCUUGGGCUGAGCGCAAUGGUAAGUCGAAUGUAUCUGCAGCUCUUGGAAACCAGUGGGCUGAGCGUCACAAAACUAUCAUGGCCUCGGAGUGCGCCCCCAUCAGCUCCCAGCAGCCCCUCGUCACUAAAUGCAUGAGAGCUGGUUUCUGCAUUUGCACUGGCCAGGGUAAAGUUCGGGACCGAUUCAGAAAUAGUAUCUUGCGGAGUCUCAAGCGUUGCUGUCCCAUGAGGUCUGAGAUGCGCACUCUGCUCGUAGACGGUUUCAUCGUUGGCCAGUUCAUCGAGGUAGAUCUUUCUUCCGGGGAGCCUGUUGCGAUCGAGUCCGACUUCGGUCCCGUCCAGAACGGGAUUUGGAUGCACGUGUCUUUACAGUACUUGAGCCCCAUACGGCCGACGUAUUCUCUAGUGGAGAGGGCGGUUGGCCAGACUAUCCACGAGUACCCCGAUGCUAUCAGGCUCCAGGCGCCAACCUUGCUGGCGUUCCAGACGAUGGCGCUGACGCGAUGGAUGCUGAACUCUUUGGAGAGCCAGAUCCAGCGCAACACCUCCCUCCAGCCCCAGCCCGCCUGCCGCCAGGGGGUGAGGAAGGGGGUCACGGGGGCGCUGCAGGGAGUAGUGGUGAUCGCCCAGACCCGCCGCUGCCUCCACCGCCAGCUCCAAUCGUUCGUGGUGAAGUGGGCGCUGCUCUUUCUACUGGCCACUUGCCUGGUGGUGGUCGGCCAGUUGGGUUUUUUCGCAGCUUGGCUCGCGAACGGUGGCAUGUUCGAGUGCAAGGCCGACCACGCAGACCAGAUGUCGUUGCACGCCCUCACCCGUGAGGCACGGGAGGCCGCCAGGCGCCACGUGGCAACGCUCCCUGGUGGACCUGAGCUGCUGGCCUCCGAGAGGGCGAAGGCAGCAGGCGCUGGCGAGCCGCCGCGCUGCGAUAAGGCGCGCGCGGCGGCUGGCCUGCGGCAGCGCGCCCUGCGGACAACCGCCUGGUGGAGGAAGGGCGAGAUCGGCGCGGAUGAGGACAGCGGGCGCUGGCGGGCCAUCGACGCCGCGGCACCCCUGUUGGCGAUUGGCGGCCAGGGGCGGCUGCAUUCAUUCAGCAAGGCCAGCGGCGGCGCCGCCGAACGUUGCGGCGCCGCGCACAACCCGCCCGCCCGAAGCAACACCUUCGAGGACAGCCUCGCGUCCGCGGUGGAGCAGAAGGCCCAUCUCGCGUCGACCGCCCCCAUCGCUGGAGAGAGGCGCAUGGCUGAGCUGGGUGACCAGGAGCUUCGCGACCUCUGGGGCACUGCGCUGCGCGCACUUGGGUGCAUCAGCCAGGCUCGCAAGGAGCUGGCGCCCUCGGCCCGCGCGGGCAACGCGGGCGGCGACGGCGCGGCAUGGCGCGGCGCCUCGUAUUACGGAGCAGGGGGCGCGUCGAUUUUCGCCGAUGGGAGCGUGAUCCUCCUGUUCAUGGCCGCUCCAUGGUUCGUUGUACUGCGCGUGCAGGACAAGAAGUGGGCCAAGUUCCAGCCUGGCAGGCUCGGCCAGGAGGAGACCACCCUUCUGGAUGACAAGUGCCAGGAAUGCGAUACGCUGCACAACGCAGCAUGGACGCACUUGACCUGGGAGGAGCUGUGUGACCAGAAUGCGCACGACUCAGCGAUGGCAUCAGAAGUGGCCAACGCUCGGGCCGUCAUGAACAAACAGAAGGCCGCCCCGUCCGCGAAGAUCGAGCUGUCCUCCGAGACGGGUGUCUCCGCAAUUUUGACCCGUCAGUACAUCGUUGCCAGCGAGUCGGAGAUCAGGCAGGCCGCGAACUCGCAGGGCGCACAGCGCCGCACGAUCCCGAAGCAGGCUCUGGACGGCAUCCCGAAGAUAGAGGUCCCAUCCGAGGAGGACCCUUCGCGUGAUGAGACCUUGUACUGGUUCGAGAACCUUGGCGCGCCGUUCAGAGUUUUAGACGUCAGCGUGCACUUCGGUACCAAGAGGGAGGCCACCAAGCUGGACAAGAGCAACUUCUUCAGGGACGGCCAGGACGCGCAGUACACGAUAUUCUUCCACAAGAAAGACUUCAAUGAGAGGGGCAUCGAGAACCUUCUGAAGAAGGACAAGAGCAUGCACCUCAAGACCAUGUCGCACUUCAUCCGCGCGAGGCUCGGCGGUGCCAGGGACGGCGAGGAUGGCAAGGGCGGCGGCGAGAAACCCAACGCUUGUCCAGAUCAUGAUGGGAUUGAUGGUGAAGAGCUGACGGACGAUGGCACACCUCAGCAUCCCAUGCUGAAUAGGCUGAAGAGCUCCGAUUGCCUGGGUCGCCGCCCUCGUGCCAGCAGGGGUUCCAGCAGCGCUGACUUUUUGCCCGACGCGCCCUCGCGCGCCGACGGCGCGGACAGCCAGAGCGUCGGGCGCGACUCGGGUGACGACAAGAAGAGCAAGGCCAGCACCGCGGCGACGGCCGUGACCCGCAUGUCCAAGAGGAUGGCCGCGGGAGCGUCAGCCUCUCCGCAGCAAGGCAGCCCCGAGAAGUGGAAGGCGAAGAUCUCGCUGACCGCAGCCAUGGACGGGACGCAGGAUGGCAGAUCCAUUGCAGGUGCGAAGAAGGCCUUGUCAAGACUCAAGCAGGGAGAUGACGCCGCCACCAACUUGGACGCUCAGCUCCUCUCCAACUUCCUCAAGCAGGUCGCCGCCUCCGAGAACUUGCAAGCGGCCAAAAUCCCAGGCAUCCUGGAGGAGGAACUGGCCGCCAACCUCGCCAUCAUCGAGAAGGACAAGGCGGAGAUCCCCGCGUCUGUCAAGCACGCGCCCCUGACCCGUCGGAUCCAGAAGCUCUUGGGCCAGCGCUCUUACAACGAGCUCAUCGACGUGUGCAGCCCAUGGAACAUCAGCGAGGGAGCUGCGGAGUUCAACCCUCUGGCGCCCACGAUGUCGAGUGCUGGCGAUAAGCUCAUCGACAGGAUUAAGAUCUUCAACAACGUCAUCUUCGAGCGCACCAUCCUCCCUCUCUUGGGCGAGGGCCAGCCCAAGGCAGACGUCAUCGGUCGGCUGGUCUCAUUGUGCAUCGAGCAUUUCGAGAAGGUUGAUACGCUCGAGAUGGGGAACGAUGAGGUGUCUGCGUUGACCGACUGGAUGACUUGCUGGGGCUGUAUCGAGUCGCUGUUGUCUGCCGACCUGUGCCAGCACCGCAAGGACGACGUUGCGGAAGUGCAUCGCCAGAUCGGCAGCGCCUCGAGUUCGGUGGUCACGCUGGUUGCGUCCUCGCUGUCAGCGCAGACGUUCUGGGAUGCGAGGCUCCAGGCGUUCGUUUCGCACCAGCCGAAGGCGAGUGAGCUCGCGCAGAUGUGCACAGAUACCGCGGGCAGGAUCAAGGCCUUGACUGAUGAUGCUGCGACGGUAGUGCCUGAGCUGCUGGAGCUCACGGAGAGGGUAAUCACGAUGAAGGGUGCCCUCCGCCCUGGUGUGACUGGUGCUAUGCAGACCAUGCUGAAGACGAGCUACCAGGCCGUCUGGAAGAAGAUCAACAGCGGCGGCGUUGCAGAUGCCACCAUCGGCGGGGUGUUGCAAGCGUGGCAGAAGGGCGUCACGGAGUUGCAGAUAUUGUACCCGAUGGACCCUGAGGUUCACGCCAUGCACCAGGAGAGCGGCCAGAAGUUGCAGGCGAUGCAGGCCGAGAGCAAGGCCACUGACAUUCUCGACAAGAUGUCCUCGUUGUUCCCCGCGCUCGAGGAGGAUGUGGGCGCGCAGGACUGGCUCGACAAAAUCAACGCGGAUGAAGCCCGCCAGGUUUGCGCCGCCCUGGGCGAGUCCAACUCGAACGUUGCGCACUCGCCCGUCAUCGGCAAGCUGAGGUUGGCUGUCCGUGACCGGUUUUCGUGCAUCGCGCCCAUUCUCGUGACGCUGAUUGCCGGCGACACCAACCUUCGCUACGAGGACCACGUGACGUUGGCGGACGAGCUGGCGCAGCUCUGCGGGGAUCCGUGGUACACAUCGCGGGCGGAGACCUCGAAUGCCGACGCGAUCUCCCAGACGGAGGGCGCACUGGGGGCGACCGUGGAGCUCGACAGGAGCCUCAAACAGGUGGCGGGCAUCAGCUCGAUGAUCGGGGUUGAGGACUUGCCGACGGAGGUGUCGCACAUCACAAGGGUAGCAGAGAACUUGAAGAAGAAGCUGUACGAGAAGUUCCUGGGCGACAGCUUGGGGCGCCUGAUCUCGAAGACGACGGAGCUGCGCGACCUGGUCUCCGUGGAGAAUGGCGGCGUGAACUGGCUCGACGCGUUCACGGGCACCAGCUUCCAGGACGUCAUCGAGCACGCCAAGACCACGCUCAUGACGAUCGACCCGAGGGCGGUGGUCAAGCAGUUGGCGGGCAUUAAGGCCAAGCAGAAGUACACGUGGUGCGCGACGCUCGCGGGCGUUGCGCCCAACGGCGACGCGGUGGCAGCAGCGGCUUCGGAGCAGGAGGCCGCUGAGAAGGUUCGGUUCCAGGCGGUGCUCAUGCACCACUUCGGCACGAUCGCAGGCGCGGCGGAGCUGCGGCUCCAGAUCCAGGCAGAGAUCAAGGCCGAGAAGGCCGCGGCGACUAACUACAUCGCGUUGCUCCCAGGGAGCUGCAGCGGAGGGUCAAAUAUGCGCUGGUGCUCAA